CCCAGCCCCCGCCCUCCCGGCCGCCUGCGCCUGGCGGCGGCCCCGACACCAGCAGAGAAGCCGCGCAGCCGGCGGAAUGGAGCGGCGCCGGGGCUGAGCCGGGCGCACUCGGGCCGCCGCAUGUGCCGCGCGGGGAGCAGCUGCCGAGCGGGCGGACAGCGAACGCCAGGGGCCCCGUCGGAGCGGCCGCAGGAGCAGCGCCGGAGAUGGGAGAACAGCCCAUCUUCACCACUCGAGCGCACGUCUUCCAGAUCGACCCGAGCACCAAGAAGAACUGGGUGCCCGCGAGCAAGCAGGCCGUCACUGUUUCCUACUUCUACGAUGUCACCAGGAACAGCUAUCGAAUCAUCAGUGUUGACGGAGCCAAGGUGAUCAUAAACAGCACCAUCACCCCAAACAUGACUUUCACCAAAACCUCCCAGAAGUUCGGGCAGUGGGCGGACAGCAGAGCCAACACAGUGUUCGGUUUGGGAUUCUCCUCAGAGCAGCAGCUCACGAAGUUUGCAGAGAAAUUCCAGGAGGUAAAAGAAGCUGCCAGACUCGCCAGAGACAAGUCCCAGGAGAAAAUCGAGACCUCGAGUGAUCAUUCCCAAGAAUCUGGGCGUGAAACCCCAUCUUCCACUCAGGCAUCCAGCGUCAACGGAACGGAUGAUGAGAAGGCCUCGCAUGCUAGUCCAGCGGACACACACCUCAAGUCUGAGAAUGACAAAUUGAAGAUCGCUUUGACGCAGAGUGCUGCCAAUGUGAAGAAGUGGGAGAUUGAGCUGCAAACCCUGCGGGAGAGCAAUGCCCGGCUGACCACAGCCCUGCAGGAGUCGGCGGCCAGCGUAGAGCAAUGGAAGAGACAGUUCUCCAUCUGCAGAGAUGAGAAUGACCGGCUCCGCAGCAAGAUCGAGCAGCUGGAAGAACAGUGCAGUGAGAUAAAGAGGGGGAAGGAGAAGAACACCCAGCUGAAGAGCAGGAUUGAGGAGCUGGAGACAGAGCUACGAGAAAAGGAGGUGGAGUUGAAAGAUCUCCGAAAACAAAGUGAAAUCAUACCUCAGCUUAUGUCCGAGUGUGAAUAUGUCUCUGAGAAAUUAGAGGCAGCGGAACGAGACAAUCAAAACUUGGAAGACAAAGUGCGGUCUCUAAAGACAGACAUCGAGGAGAGCAAGUACCGACAGCGCCACCUGAAGGGGGAGUUGAAGAGCUUCCUCGAGGUUCUGGAUGGAAAGAUCGACGACCUCCAUGACUUCCGCAGAGGACUCUCCAAGUUAGGCACAGACAACUAGGCCGGGCGGGAGCCUAGGUCCUGAGGCUCAAGUGUGUGUGUGAGAUGAAGUAGGCAUAGGACAUUCUCCAUUCGUGUUGCUUCUGUAAAUGCAGGUGCAGUCUGUCUGUCUCCAGACCAGUUGUGCCGUCCACCCACUCCUCCAGAACAGUAAAUCUCUCGCUUCUCUGGCCUUGUGAGGUUGUGGACAACUGGAAGCUUCUGACUCAGGAAUCCAGAAGUUGGUCUACCUUAGCCUUUUACGCAGUCAGGGCAGGGAUGUUUAUAUCUUUUUUUAAGGGCUGUUGCAACCCUGUGAACUGGGGGGAAAGUAUUUUCUAAUCCAAGUAUCAAUAUCCUUUACAACAGGCCACUGGGCGCCUUCUAUUGCGUAGCAUUCAGGGUGUGUGACUCUCCGCAGAUUCCAGUCCAAGGGCACAUGGAGGGAGUGUCUUUUCUCAGUAUGCAUUUGGAUGCUUUAGCAGAUGUAUCUAACCUUUUGAUGUUGUGAUACAACAUCAUCAUCCCCAAAGUUCACACUCAAGGAUUGCAAAAUUGGCUUAUCCAAAAAGAAAUAAUUAUCAAAAAA